UCGCUGGCUCGUCGUCGUCGCUCAUGUUGGCUUUGCUCGUUGCGGCUGAACGACACACACAGCGAGAGCGAGACGCACGCACGCCCCGCCGACCGAUAGAGACUGCGAGCGACAGGCCAGUGUCGCGGUUGCCCCCUCGUGUUUGCCGUUGAUGGUGCCCCCGAGUGCAGUGACCCCCGCCCCCCGUGCUUGAGCGAGUGCGACCGCGGCCCGCGAAUGACCACCGCCAACCCGUACACCAGCGGCGGUGAGCACCACGGUCUCGCCGCCUACCCCGGUGGGCCGGCGGUCCCCGGAGGCGGCCCCCCGGCCGCCCCCGGGGUCCACGAGUCCCCGUACUGCUCCUACGACUACAUGCGGCAGAAUGGCGCCAUGUACCACCAUCACCAGUUCCAGCCGCAGCAGCCGCAGCCGCCGCCGCCGCAGCAUCCACCGCAGCACCCUCACCACCACCAGCACCACCAACAGGCCUUCGACCAUUACCAAAGGUCGGCCUACCGUGAUAGCUCGAUGAAACAGGAGCCUCAUGACGACGGUUACGAAACGAGCGGAGAUUUGGAAAUCAGAGCGCAGGGCGAGAGCCAGAAGCUGUACGCGAUGCAGGCCUCGCUCAACAUCAAGCCGGAGCCCACGCACGACCCCUACAGCUUCGUCGACGAAGAGGCGGCCGCGGCCGCCGCGGCGGCCGCCUCGCACGCCCACGCCGGCCAGCAAAUGCCCACCCUCGCAGCACCGCAAACGCCCAAAAAGCGCGGAAGGAAGAAAAAGCUCAAGCCUGGAGAGGAAGGAAUGGCCGAGGAAGGAGAGCCAGCUUCCAAAAAGAAGAUCAAGGAAGAAAAGACUGUGAAGGAACGCAAAAAGCACGACAGAUUUAAUGGCAUGCCCGAAGAGGAGGUUUCGAAAAGAACCCUGCCCGAUCAUCUUGCUGAAAAUUUGGAUAUUAUUAUUAUUGGGAUCAAUCCAGGCCUGUUCGCCGCCUACAAAGGACACCACUACGCUGGUCCUGGAAACCACUUUUGGAAGUGCUUGUACUUGGCAGGCCUGACGCCGGAGCAGAUGUCGGCCGAGGACGACUACAAGCUGCUGCAGUACGGCGUCGGCUUCACCAACAUGGUGGCCAGGGCGACCAAGGGCAGCGCCGACCUCACCAGGAAGGAAAUCAAGGAGGGCUGCCAGAUACUUAUGGAGAAGAUAAAAAAGUUUAAGCCCAAAAUUGCCGUUUUCAACGGGAAGCUCAUCUACGAGGUUUUCUCAGGGAAGAAAGACUUCCCUUUCGGCCGACAAGCCGACUUGGUCGAAGGCACAGAGACUUACAUGUGGGUGAUGCCGUCGUCCAGUGCGAGAUGUGCUCAAUUGCCGCGCGCGGCGGACAAGGUUCCGUUCUACGCGGCGCUGAAAAAGUUCCGGGACUACGUGAACGGCAUCAUGCCCGAGCUCGACGAGAGCGAGGUGGUGUUCAACGACCCGAAACUGCGCAGCAUCACCGAGAACGGCGAGACGAAGGAAGACUGCAAGGAGGGCGGCUUCUACGGCUACGGCCGGCUGCCCAACAACGGCGACCUCACCGACCUGAGCAACGUGAAGAGGGACGCCAACGGCGAGCCGGUGGUGAAGAAAAAACGCGGCCGGCCCAAGAAGAUCAAGGGCGAGGACGGCGCCGAGGCGCCGCCGCCCAAGCCGCGCCCCCCGAAGCCGCCGCCGCAGACCGCGGCCAACGGCGAGGUGGUCAAGAAAAAGCGCGGCCGGCCCAAGAAGAUCAAGGACGGCGACCUCCAACAGCAGCAGCAGCAGCAACAACAACAACAGCAACAACAACAACAGCAGCAGCAGCAACAACAGCAGAUGCAGCAGCACAUGAGCAACAUGAACAACUGCUUCUCGCCGCCGCCGAACAACUUCCACCCCGGGCAGUUCAACCAGCAGUACAACCAGCAGGCCAUGUACCAGCCGCAGCAGCCGCCGCAGCCGCAGCAGCAGCCGUCCCCCAACUCUGCUCAAUACCACCAGCACCAGUCGCCGCCGCUGGCGCACCGCUUCACCAGCCAGUCGCCGCGGCCGAGUUCGCAGCAGCCGUUCACGCACUCGGACCUCUCCUCCGAGAUCAGCGCCGCCAUCAGCUCGGAGCACAACCUGGGCUCGCCGCCGCCCACCUCGCCCAGUUUGGGGCCGCCGGACUUCGAGCCGCCCACCAGCAUGCCCGAGGAGAACAAGGAGGCCGGCGGGGGCGGCGCCGAGCAGCAGGGGGUGCCGUUCUCGAGUCCGACGCCGCCGUCGAGCAACUCGGCCUCGCAGGACCAGUUGCAGCCGCCGCCGCAGUACCAAAACCAGCCGCCACCGCAGCAGCAGCAGCAGCAGCAGUAUCCGUGCUCUGCGGUGGUGAACACGCCGGCGUCGACGCCGCAGGACGUGGCCUCCAAGAGUCUGUCGGGCCUCGAGUCCCUGGUGGACCAGAUCCCGAGCAUCACGGACGCGCCGCAGCACCCCGAGACGCCGAGCUCGAGCGGGGCGUUCGAGCCGGUGGGCGGCGGUGGCGCCUACGACGACAACCCGAGCAACUACGCGGCCUACUCGCCGGCCUACAACGCCGCGGCCUACUCGGCGGCCGCCAGUACAAACUACAACUUCUCGGUGUCGUCGCUGGCCAACAGCCUCACGCCGCCCGUGUCCUCGGCCGCCGCCGCCGACCUCAACUCGUCCUUCUCGGUGUCUAGUCUGGCCUCCAACUACAACCCCCACCACCCGGCGGCCAACCCCCAGGGCUACCCCCAGAGCUACAUGAUGGGCCAGCAGAGCAUGUUCCCGACGCCCAUGCCCUACCCCUACGGCCAGUACCCGUCGGCGGCCGCCGGCUACCCCUACUCGUCCUCCACCAUCCACAUGCCGUCGCCCAACUACCCCUACCCCUACAACAACGGCCACUACCACCAGCCGGCCGCCGCCACCGCCGGCUACCUGCAGAACCACGUGCUAGACAGGAUAAAGCAGGACCGCAUGGACAUUGGCUUCGGCGGCUUCUGAUAAACGCUCACUCCCCUAAAACUAGAAAAUAAUUGUAACUCAACAUACGUGUGCCCACCCCCACCCCCGAACCCGUACCCACAACACGACGCCCUUCCCUCUGUGUCCGCGGAACUCGGAAGAGACGAGUGCGUUGGCGAGUUUUCUACUCCCAUCUCGGAAAAAAUCAAAAGGAAAAUAAAUUUUUUAAUUUUAAGUUCAUCAUCACACAAGAUCAGAUUUUGCCGUUUUUCGCUCUGCUUUCAUUUUUCAUUUCUCCUGCUGCUGCCGCUUCAUGUUGAAAAUUGAAAUACAGGGUAUAUGUGAGAGUGUUGAUCGCAUAUUUUUGACGUACGAUGAGACACACGUAAUUACACGUACACACACAUGAAAAACAGACACAACUCGUUGUAAAUACUACGAUUAAAACGAUGCGCGUUCGUAAGAUUGUAGGUUUUAGCGUUAUAAAUAUAUAUCUUAUAAAAUGAAAGAAAGAAAGGAAGAAAGAGGACGGGAGCCAAGUUGCAAUUUUUCCCUUCGCACACGCAGGCGGAGCUAGGAAUUGAUCAGACACGUUGUUGACUGUGCGCGGCCGCCGGCAAAAACAUUUCGAUUCGAGUGCGCGUUUAUUGAAUCUUAACAAUAAUAAUUUAGAGAUACAGAGGAUCUCAGCUAUAUUGAAAGGAUUUUUAUAUAAAACGAAUAACUACUUUUUCGCUCUUGCAAAAUGUAUAUUUCUGCGUGUGUUUGUAUACGCCGUUUUUUCUCGUCUCAUUUUCUCAGAAAACGCUCGCAUCCGAUAUACGUAAUUCAAAGAGGUGCAACAACUCAAUAAUUUGAAAGAAAGAAAGAAACAAACGAUUGAAGACAUAUGCUUCCUGUUUUUACCGCGCGUUAUUAAAGGCUGAUUCGGAAUGAAAUAAUAUACUUACGCCAGGAAUUGAUACUGUCUGUGACUCUCGAUAUCAGCCGUUAAUAAUCAAUUGGAGAACAAGUGUUUUUAGUGCAAUAGGUGAAACAAAUAUGUGAUCUGUUUUAAUUAUGAUAAGUCUUUCUUGACACCCUCGGCGACGUGCGCGGUUCUCCUCAAAAAUUGUUCGGGAAAGGCGCCUGAAGGCGGGAACGGAUGGGAAAACCGUCACUUGUCUCAUUUUUGCUAAUCGUCCAAAUCUGAAUUUAUUAAUUUGUUCACUGACUGAUUUAAAAAUUUUUAAACUUUGGGAAUAAAAAGAAAAGGACGGUAGAGCCAUCUCUUAAUUUAUUUUUUUUUUUCAUUUUAAACCAAUCCAAAUUUUUAAUUUAUCAAGUCUACAAUUUUUUUGUUUAUUGACAACUAAAGAUUUUCCCUACGAUUCUCGUCCGAAAAACCCGCACGGCAACCAGAGGCGCUCUUUUAUUCUCUAUAUACAUAAUUAUUCUUGUUACACGCCCAGUGCUGAGUGUUUGGCCCCCGGCGACCCCCAAUAGGGGCUGCGUGCCCCCGGUGGGGGCUCGGCCGGAGAUUUUUGGUUCUUGCCGUCAGAGUUGCUUGCUUGCAAUACACCGUCCAUAAUUUACGAACUGCUGCUGCCAUAAUUAAUACGCUGUUAUAUUUCGCGACGUUUGUUACUCAUCUUCAGUUCGAGGGGCUAAUUAAAAAACCGUUUCUUCUUGUUCCUGCUGCGCAUCUCUCCGGUUUCUGUUCUCGCCGGCAGGCGAAUCGCUGGAUCGCUGGCUUCUCUCGACACUAAAACGCACGCAAGUGAAACAAAAAUAUAUACGUACUCUCUCACGGUCAGCGUGAAUUGUUUUUUGGUAACUGCCGCAGAAAAUUGUAAUUACCACCGCCCGUUCUGCGCCCUGCUCGCGACACUCUGGUUUCUGGUUUCUUGUUUCGUUUGUUAAAAAAUUUUACUUUCUUUUUUUUAAUUUUCAAAUCUGCUUAAAUUUUGUCAAAAAUGUUUAAUUCAUUUAAAAAUUUACAAAUUUUUGCUCAAGCAACUGCCAGAAUACGUCUUUUUGCAGUCAUAAUUUCUCUCAUCAGACUAAAAUUAAGGCCCAUGCAAAGAAAGCAAUACAGAGAAUUUUCCUCGGUAUUCAUAAAAUUUUGUAAAACUUUAGUGUCGCGUUGGGGGCGGCGAAAUCUGCGAGUAAUUAUACAUUCACUCUGUUCAAGCAACGUGAAAAACAAGGACUGAUGUACACUUAUGAUUAAAAUGUACUUACCUACUCAAUGAUUGUGUGAAAAUUAGUUGGAGAAAUGCGUGCAAUCGCGCGAAUGCUUAUUUUUUACUGCGUGUAGACACAGACGGUUAUAAAAAUCUCGGUACAAAUAAAUCAUCUCUCAAUACACACACACACACACACCCACACACACAAAUCCUUCGCGAUCACGCUGCUGAACAAAAUAAAAUAACAAAAAUGAAGGAACACAACACACGCGAUGGUGGUUACUGCGCAGAAAUAAUCUCUUACUGUGAAUCCCCGUUGAAUGUUAAUAAUUACCACUUAAGGAACUUACACGCUCUUUAUAAGCAAAUUAAAUGAGAUUGAGAGGGCGAGAGCGACGACACUCGUUUAUUAGUUUGUUAUAACUGCGAAUGGUGUGUUGAGAAUGUGUGAAAUGAAAAUACCUCCGCUGCUGUAUAAAAAUUACAAUUAUUAUUAUUAUCUAUAUUUACAUAGCGAACUAACGCGCGCGCGCAGAAGAGAACGAAUGGAUAAAUUAACACCUCAUCACACGAACAAACAAAGAAACAAACAAACACACACACGUUUUCACAUAAACAAACACACACCGCUCUUUUUAUAUUAAAAAAAGAAGUAAUAUUUUGCAUCUCUAUGUUUUUUCGGAGAUAUGCGAUGGAAGAAAAGAGAACACGGUCACACACCUUGUUGUUUCUUCACGCAUUACUACUUAUUAUAAUUAUUAUCAUGUAUAAAAUUAGGGUAAUGUUCAUUAAAUUUGUUAUUUAGGAUAUUCUAUAAAUCUUCAACACGAUGGAAACACACAAACUCGAACAAAUAAAAACACAAAAUAGCGAUUUUGAAGAGAUGAUGCGAUUCGUGCGAUUUUUGCGGAUAACACUGGAAUAAGUAAUUGAAUAUGUGUUGUGAUGGAAUAUAAAUGUGUUCCUAAGUAAAAUCAAUAAAAAAAGCUGUAAAACAGUUGCAA